AUGCUGACUCUGGCGUGCCGGCUCUAUCAGUUUCAUGAUAGUUCAAAACACCCACAACCUGGCGACAAAUCCCCUAAGACUGUCCUGGCCGCCGUGGACGUCACCUCCCCCUCCCUCUCUCCAGACGACCGCGCCCCUAUCGAGCUCAGCUUCGAGUGCGACUUCUGA